UCCUCGGCGAGCCGGGCCGCCACGGCGGGGCAUGUCUGGGGGGACGGCCGGGGGGCGAGGGGCAAGGCGGGCGACCCCCGUCACUGUCCGGGGCGGCCGCCGCGCUCCGGCCCCUCUGCCCCGCGGGGCCCCGCGGCCGGGAGGGGACGCACCGAGGCCGGGGCGGGCGAGCUGCUCCUCGCUACCCGCCCCCGCGCCGAUAAUCCUCGAGCCGGGAGGCCCUUCUCCGGUGCAAGCAGGGGGGACACGUCCCCCUCUCCUCCAGGCCGGGAGAAGAAGAGGAGGAAGGGGGGGCCCGGGGCCACCCUUCCGCGUCCAGGUGCGGCCCCCCCCGGCCGGGGGUCUUGCGGAGGGCGGCGGGUCCGUUCGGGACGCGGUGCGGGCGAGGCGAAGGGGGAUCCCGGUCCCGGCCCCGUGCGGAGGAGGCGGCGGCGGGCGGGGGCGCUGUGUCCCCUCCCCGCCCCGCCCGGCCGCCCCUCGCUGCUGCCGCCGCUGGCUGUGCGUGGAUGGUGUUUUCCUCCUCCUCCUCCCGCUGCCGGCGCCGCCGCCUCGUCGGCGCUGCCCGCGGGGUGACGGCGGUGCGGGCGCGGCCCGGCCCGGGCAGUGAGCGCUGUCCGCCCGCGCUGUACCGGCCGUGCCCGCGGCGGCCGCAGCUCCGCGCCCGCUCUGCCUCCCGAGCUCUGACAGCAAUGGCGCCCGGGCCCGCACCGCGCCUCUCCAUUGGUCCGCUCCGCACCACGUGGCGCGGGCCCGGGGGCGGGGCUCCGGCGCCGGGUCGCUUCCCCCCUCCGCUGCGCUGCGUCCGCCGCCCGCCGGGGGCGCUCGGGAGCGGCGGGGCCGCCGGGGGGGUCCCGGGCCCAGGUCCCGACCCUGGGAUCGGGAUUGCGGCACCCCGCGGACAGCGGACAGCGCCCCGGAACGGCUGCGGCUGCCACAGGGCAGGGCAGGGCAGGCUGCACACCGGGACAAGCUGCUUCCCCAGAGGGUGGUCGGGCUCCCCGGGCGCCACUUAAAAGUCACAAAGUACCACGGGACAUAAGAAAACCAGCGACUUACUGGAGAAGAUGAAACAGAGUUUCACGUUUAUGAAA